GCGAAACCUGCUAUAGCUUUACAAAUUGCUAACUAGCUGAAUCAUUUGUUGCAGGGCUCCCUUUUCUUGUGAUUGUAACGUGAUUUGUCUGGCAGUUCAAUGGCGGCAAGAUACGACAGAGCUAUCACUGUCUUCUCUCCCGAUGGUCAUCUCUUCCAAGUGGAGUAUGCACAAGAAGCUGUAAAGAAAGGUUCCACAGCGGUGGGAAUCCGAGGUAAAGACAUCGUGGUCCUCGGAGUUGAGAAGAAGUCUGUGGCCAAGUUGCAGGAGGAGAGGACCGUCCGUAAGAUAUGCGCCCUGGACGAGCACGUCUGCAUGGCCUUUGCAGGUCUGACUGCAGAUGCCCGUAUUGUGAUAAACAGAGCUCGGGUUGAGUGCCAGAGCCACAGGCUAACUGUUGAGGAUCCAGUCACAGUGGAGUACAUCACGCGCUACAUCGCCACGCUGAAACAGCGCUACACUCAAAGCAAUGGUCGCAGGCCAUUCGGCAUCUCUGCGUUAAUUGUUGGCUUCGACGAUGAUGGAACUCCAAGACUGUAUCAGACGGACCCUUCAGGGACCUACCAUGCCUGGAAGGCAAACGCAAUCGGCCGUAGCGCAAAAACUGUGAGAGAGUUUCUGGAGAAGAAUUACACAGAUGAAGCUAUCGCUGGAGACAAUGAGGCAAUCAAGUUGGCUAUCAAAGCUUUGCUUGAGGUUGUCCAGUCAGGAGGCAAAAAUAUUGAACUUGCUGUCAUCAGACGGAAUCAGCCAUUGAAGAUUUUGGAAUCUAAGGAAAUUGAGACCCUGGUGGCUGAGAUCGAGAAGGAAAAGGAAGAAGAGGCAGAGAAGAAAAAGCAGAAAAAAUCCACUUGAAGCAGUUAACAUUUUUUUUCAUUAUUGCACUUGAAUGACAAUAGCAUAUUUGGGUUCUUCUCCCCAAUUUCCUUUUCAAAACCUAAAUCCUAACCUGAGAUCCAUUGAUGUUGUUCAAGUCUUUGCAUUUGUUUGAGUGGUGCUGUGCCACCUGCAAAGAAUAUCAAGUUCCUGUACUUCCAUCUGUUAAGUGGACUGGUAUAAAAAGUUCAUACAUAGAUCUCAAACUAGGAUUACGACAUUAAACUACGCUUACAAAAUGUUUUUAUAUCAUACACCAAACAGCGCUGAUGGACCUGAUAUAGCGAACCCAUUUGUAACAUUCAGAAACCUAAUGAAUCUAAAUGCUCAAUAAAAGUGGACUUGUUUGUAAUA